GGAUGACAAGGAUUUGGUUCAUGAAUUUGUUGUAGCAGAAGGCCUGGCUUGUUUAAUAAAAGUGGGAGCUGAGGCAGACCAGAACUACCAGAAUUACAUCUUGAGAGCACUGGGACAGAUUAUGCUGUAUGUAGAUGGGAUGAACGGAGUAAUAAAUCACAACGAAACCAUCCAGUGGCUGUAUAUACUCAUUGGGUCUAAGUUUCGUCUGGUUGUAAAGACAGCACUGAAAUUGCUCCUUGUUUUCGUGGAGUAUACUGAAUCCAAUUCAUCACUUCUUAUUGAAGCAGUGGCUAUUGUAGAUGAAAAGAGGGGUCUCAAGCCAUGGUCCAGUGUCAUGGAGAUCUUGGAGGAAAAGGAUGGAAUUGAUACAGAAUUACUAGUUUAUGCAAUGACAUUAAUAAACAAGACAUUAUCCGGCUUGCCAGAUCAAGAUUCCUUCUAUGAUGUUGUUGACUGUCUAGAAGAGCUAGGGAUGGAAAUUAUUUCCCAGAAACAUCUGAACAAGAAAGGAUCAGAUUUGGACUUAGUAGAGCAGUUCAACAUUUAUGAGAUGACAUUGAGACAUGAAGAUGGUGAUGACAAUGGAGAACCUCUUCCUACUGGCUGCAAAGACAGAAGAAGGGCCAGUCUUGGUUCCAGUGAACGAAGAGGACUAGAACGUAGGAGGAGCAGGAGGCAUUCCAUCCAGAGUGGCAAGAGCGCUUUAUCAGCCCCUGCCAGCCCCUGUACUCAUUCAAGCCCUAAUUUUGUGUGUGGCCGUAGACAGAGCACUGAAGAAUAUAGUGAAAAAGAGGAGGCAUAUGACGAGGAGGAAGAGGAACAGCCAGUCACAGAGCCCAGUACAGAGGAUGAGGGGGAGGAAGAGGCUACUAGGCAGGUCAAAGCCAGUGGGUUCUCAGAAAUACAGAAGGUUAAACAUGCUUCACAGGAUUCUGAUACUUCAACCAUCUCAAGUAUUGUUUCUCAGGAUGAAAAGCCUUCCAGGAACUGUAGAACAAAUAUUUCCAGGAGCUCAUCACCGCUUGUGACUGAUUCAGUUGCUUCACACUCUUUUUCUCAUCAUUCAUCACUCUCCUCAUCUGUCUUCAACAGCUCUUCCCAAAAUUCUUCAUGUGUUACUCCAAAGGCAUCUCCAAAUGUUGAGAAAUUACCUUAUGUACCAUAUAGCCCCUUUCACCUCUUCUCGUAUGAUGUUGAAGAGCCUCAAACAGCAAUGAAAGAAAAGGAAGCAGACGAGUUCAGGGAAAACAGGGCAUCUUUGGGUGGUCUCCUUACAUCAUCAUAUAGGCAACACCAAGAGUCCUUGGCAGCGGAAAGAGAAAGGAGACGUCAGGAGAGAGAGGAGAGGCUGCAAAGAAUAGAACGUGAAGAGAGAAACAAAUUCAAUCGAAAUUAUCUAGAUAAAAGAGAAGAGCUAAAACAAGCAAGAGAAGAGAGAUAUAAAUACUUGGAAAAAUUGGCAGCUGAAGAAUAUGAAAAGGAGCUGAGAAGUCGAAAUUUAUGUAGGGACAGGAGUGACUUAUCCUUGAAUUUGGGUGGUUCUCCAGUCCCAACUGCUACCGUUCCCAAAUGUACCACCCCAGGUUUAACAUAUUCUCCUGAGAAACCAUCGGCUUGUGUGACUUCUUGCAAAAGACCCCAAACUCCAGAAGGUAAGUGCUUGUCAGACUCAUUGCAAGUAUGCUUGACACUUCCUGUCGAUGAUGAUGAUGAUGAUGAUUUAUUACACAAACCAACAAGGGAAGAAGCAUCCUGUGCCAGUAAAGUAUCUGGUCCUUCUGGUAGCUGUAGCAAAAGUGGCCACAAAGGCACACAACCUCUGGCUGGACAGGAGGAGGAAGCCCUGCAACAAGCCAAUGGGAACCCAACAGAUAGCGGGCCUCCAAAAUUUCCUUUUCCACGACACCUAGAAUGUCUGCAUGGGAGACCUUCUGCUG